CCUCCACCACCGCACUGGUCGUCUCGCCGCCUGUGCCCCAAGAGAGAGAGACCAGCGUCGAAAGUAAGAGCAUCAUCAUCAUCAUCAGCAGCAGCAGCAGCAGCAGCAGCAGCAGCAACAGAACGAGAAUUCUGCAGAGCCAUGGCCUGGCGCUGCUCGGGCAAGACGAAUGCGGAGCUCAUCGCCAACAUGCAGGCGGCCGGCCUCAUUACGUCGAGCCGGGUCGCGCAGGCCAUGUCCCUUGUCGACCGGGCCAAUUAUGUCGUGGGCGGUCAAUCGGCCUUGUCGGCGGCCUACACCGAUGCGCCCCAGUCUAUUGGAUUCGGCGCCACCAUUUCGGCUCCGCACAUGCACGCGCACGCCUGCGAGGCUCUCCUUCCCUUUCUCAAGCCGGGCAGCCGCGUGCUAGACGUCGGCAGCGGGAGCGGCUACACGAUGGCCAUCUUCCACCACCUCGUCAAGGCCCAGGAUCCCGUCCAGGGCCAGGAAACCGGAGAGACCAAGCAGGAGAAAAACGGCUUCGUCGUAGGCAUCGACCACAUCGAGGGACUCGUUGACAUGGCAAAGAGGAACCUGCAAAAGGACCAGCUUGGCCCCCAUCAGCACCGGGGCGGCAUCCAGGCCGUCCUUGGGGACGGCAGAAAGGGCUUUGUGGCCCGCGCUCCCUACGAUGCUAUCCACGUGGGUGCUGCUGCGCCAUUUAUGCCCCAGGACCUCAUCGAUCAGCUAGCAAAACCAGGCAGAAUGUUUAUCCCCGUUGAGGACAACGGCGGCUACGGUAAUCAAGACAUCUGGCAGGUCGACAAGGACAAGCAGGGCAAUGUAGCUCAGAAGAAGCUCUUUGCCGUUCGUUACGUGCCCCUGACUAACGCCGAGAGCCAGUGGCCCGUCAAGUGAAACCCAACAGAAAAGAGGAAUGGGCCCUGUCAUACACUGUAUUAUAUGCUUCACAUUCAUUUCUUCCUCUCUCUCCACAAGCAACUUCUCUCGAGGUUGUGAAAUGCAUCCAUGCUCAUAUUC